ACUCUCGACCUGGGAAUCUUUGCAUUCUCUGUGGCAGGUGCACCUGGCCCCCUCAACCUCAUCAUGGCCUCCGCUGGUCUGCAAAUCUUGGGGAUUGCCCUGACCCUGCUCGGCUGGGUCAACGCCCUGGUGUCCUGCGCCCUGCCCAUGUGGAAGGUGACCGCCUUCAUUGGCAACAGCAUCGUGGUGGCCCAGGUGGUGUGGGAGGGGCUGUGGAUGUCCUGCGUGGUCCAGAGCACCGGCCAGAUGCAGUGCAAGGUGUACGACUCUCUGCUGGCGCUGCCCCAGGACCUGCAGGCCGCCAGAGCCCUCUGCGUCGUCGCCCUCCUCAUUGUCCUGCUCGGCAUGAUGGUGUACCUUGCUGGGGCCAAGUGCACCACCUGUGUGGAUGAUAAGAAUUCCAAGUCUCGCCUGGUGCUCAUGUCUGGGGUCAUCUUCGUCCUCGCCGGCAUCCUGAUCCUCAUUCCUGUCUGCUGGACGGCCCACUCCAUCAUCCAGGACUUCUACAACCCCUUGGUGGCUGAUGCUCAAAAGCGGGAGCUGGGGCCCUCCCUCUACCUGGGCUGGGCAGCCUCGGGCCUUCUGCUGAUGGGUGGGGGGCUGCUGUGCUGUGCCUGCUCUUCGAGAGGGACCCGGGGACCCGGCCAUUACAUGGCCCGCUAUUCCACGUCUGCCCCACAUUCAGUUUCUCGGGGACCCUCCGAGUACCCCACCAAGAAUUACGUCUGAUGCUCCCUGGGAAGUGAGGCUCUGUUCAUUAGCCAGGGAACCCUAGGACCCUGAGCUGAGCCAUCAGGAAAUGAUGCCAGUAGCUUUGUUUGUUGCGGUACUUUGUACUGAACCUGGGGCCUCACCCCUUUGGUAGGCCAAGCGCUCUACCAGUGAGUGGUGUGGUAACCUGCCCCGAGGCUUGGUUCCAUCUGUUUUUGAGACAGGCUCUCCUGGAGCUCUGACUGGCCUCCAGCUUUAGCUUUCCAGGCUCCGCCUAGCUCUGCUGCUGGCAUUGUGGUAGCACAUCGCUUGGGUUUCUGUGUCUUUUCACUCUGGGGAUCUUCUCUGGACCCUGUUUUGAGGUUGCUUGUGAAUCUGGCCUUUGUGAUCCUCAGGGAUGGCCUGUCCCAAGAGUUCCUGCUGCUGCUGGAGGUAACUCUUAGGACAGACACCCCGCCCCAUCCUCGUCAGACUUUCCCAGUCCUGGAAAGGCAGGUGAUAAGUUACCAAAGAAUUUUCUACCCUGAGUCUUCCAACCUUUGACCCCUGAAUCCCAUCACCAAAGUUAACACAGACUCUCCCAAAUAAGGUCCCAGCUGUGCUGCGGACUCCACCCCACACCUCUAACCCUUGCACAUUUA